CGCCCGCGGGCGGCGGCGAAGCAGCGGGCAGGGGCGCGCGCGGCAGGAGGAGGGGGCGCGCGCUUCCCGGAACAGCCCGCGCUGAGGAAGAGAGAAGAAAAAUAAAACCCGCGGCCGGAGCUGAAGCUGGAGCAGCCUCUGCCGUCGCCGUCUGGAGCUCCCCCGCGCGGACGAUGCCCGCGGUGCCCUCCCGAGGCUCUGGGCGGUGAGGCCCAGGACGUGGGGUAGCUAUGGCGACGGCGAGCUUGGUCCGCGGCGCCGCCUGACAGGUGUGGGCCUCGGCGGCGGCGGCAGCGACGGAGACGGCGGCGCGGAGCAGCAUGUACGCCAAGGGGGGCAAGGGCUCAGCCGUGCCCUCCGACAGCCAGGCCCGCGAGAAGUUGGCACUGUAUGUGUACGAGUACCUACUGCACGUUGGUGCCCAGAAGUCAGCUCAGACCUUUCUGUCCGAGAUCCGAUGGGAGAAGAACAUCACGCUGGGGGAGCCCCCUGGGUUCCUGCACUCCUGGUGGUGUGUGUUCUGGGACCUGUACUGUGCAGCUCCUGACCGCAGAGAGGCAUGUGAGCACUCCAGUGAGGCCAAGGCCUUCCAGGACUAUAGUGCUGUGGCCACGCCCAGCCCCGUGAUGGGGAGCAUGGCCCCCAACGACGCCAUGGCUGCAGGCCCCAUGGCAGCCGGCUUCUUCCAGGGCCCCCCUGGCUCCCAGCUGCCCCCCCACAACCCCAACACCCCUAUGAUGGGGCCUCAUGGCCAGCCCUUCAUGUCACCGCGGUUCCCAGGGGGCCCCCGGCCCACCCUGAGGAUGCCGAGUCAGCCUCCUGUGGGCCUCCCUGGCUCCCAGCCUCUCCUCUCCGGUGCCAUGGACUCCUCCCCACGUGCUCAGGGACAUCCGAGCAUGGGUGGCCCAAUGCAGAGGGUUACACCUCCACGGGGCAUGGCCAGCGUUGGGCCCCAGAGCUAUGGAGGUGGCAUGCGGCCCCCUCUCAACUCCCUUGCUGGUCCAGGCUUGCCUGCCAUGAACAUGGGUGCAGGAGUGCGUGGUCCAUGGGCCAGCCCCAGUGGCAACUCAAUCCCCUACUCCUCUUCAUCACCUGGCAGCUACACGGGACCCUCAGGAGGUGGGCCCCCUGGAACACCCAUUAUGCCUAGCCCUGGAGACUCCACCAACUCCAGCGAGAACAUGUACACCAUCAUGAACCCCCCAAUUGGGCCGGGCACCGGCAGGGCUAACUUCCCACUCGGCCAAGGCUCAGAGGGCCCCAUGGCCGCUAUGAGUGCAAUGGAACCUCACCACGUAAACGGAUCCCUGGGCUCAGGAGACAUGGACGGGUUGCCGAAGAGCUCCCCCGGCGCCGUGGCCGGCCUGAGCAACGCCCCGGGCACCCCGCGGGAUGACGGCGAGAUGGCGGCCACCGGGACCUUCCUGCACCCGUUCCCGGGCGAAAGCUACUCGCCAGGGAUGACCAUGAGCGUGUGAUGGGCCUCUGGCCCCCUGCCCGCCUAGGCUCUUCCAAGUGCUCUGAGCAGGGGUGAGGCUCUGAGGUGUGAUCUCGGGCAUAUGGACUCAUGGCCUACCAAGGCUUGCCUGGCUGGGAGGCCCCACUUCAAAGACUUUCUCUUUUAUAAAAAACAAGAAAAUGAAAGGACCUCAGAGACAUUCUUUUCUGUAUAGGCCUUUUCCUGCUAUUUGUAUUUUGUCCAGGGAUAGGGGCUCCUUGGGGGCCUCCCCUUCCCAGGAGGGCAGUGGGGGUGGACCCCAUUAAUAAAUGUAACUUGGUUUUGUUUUUGGUAA